GCUGGGUGGCUGUUCCAGCUGCGAUGCCGCGGGGAAACUGUUAGUACCACCAAACGUUUGGUGACCCGUCACGUCACGUCCACCAGAGGCUGCCUGCGUGGUUGACAUUUACUUCCACUUCUUCCUUCCUUUGGCUUCGCUUUCACUCGAUCCAUCCUAUUCCAAACCGAAACUUCAUCCAGUUUUAGAAGUACCUACGGCAACACAUUCGCAUUAUUCUUCCGACACCUCACCAUUGCAACGAAAGCCACCCCCGAUAUUAUUCUCUGUGCUGGAUCUUAACUCGAGCCAAUCAAGCCGUCACCACCUCGAAACAUAACAAUGACCGACCACGACGACAAGAUCAGCAGCUUCUGUGAGCUGACCGGAGUUGCUACUGAUGCGGCUACAGAGUACCUGAACAAUUACGACUGGGACAUGGAUGCUGCCGUCGCCGCAUACUAUACGGACCAAGACAACAGUGCCUCGAACACUGGAGCUGCCCCCGCUUCUGCUCGUGCCAGCGCCGCGGCGCCCCCCGAGUAUAUUGGCCCCAGAACUCUCGACGGCCGCCCCGCUCCCCAGUAUGCGCAAUCAUCCUCUUCGGCUCCCAAGAAGACCCAAAAACGCACCGGCCUUGCCACCCUGAGUUCCAUAGGGGGUCGACGCGACGAGGAUGACGAUGAGGACGAGGACGAUGAGGAAGAUGAAGGUCGCGGACCUAGGGACUUGUUUGCUGGUGGCGAGAAGUCGGGCUUGGCUGUCCAGGACCCUAGUCAACGUGAACCCAACAGCGACACCAGAAGGCUUCUACAAGAUAUUCUGGCCAAGGCUAGAGAGAACUCUCGUGCCGGUGGCAAUAGCUCCGAUGAUGAAGAAACCGGAGCCGAAACCGGAGCCGGAACCGCGAGACCUACCCGCUUCCGCGGCACUGGUAUGACCCUCGGCGGUGACGGCGUUGAGUCUCGACAAAUCCCCAAUGUCGAUUCGAAUACCUCUGCCGCGCCCCGCCAGCUUGAAGGUCCAACUCAGGAAAGAACUUUGCAUAUUUGGAGCAACGGAUUCAGCGUUGAGGAGGGUCCGCUUUAUCGCUUUGAUGACCCGGCCAACCAGGCCGAUUUGGCUAUGAUCCGUGCUGGCCGCGCCCCGCUUCGCCUUAUGAAUGUGAGGCCUGAUCAGCGUGUGAACGUCAAGUUGGAGCAACAUCAAGAGGAGUGGAGACAGCUGCCCAAGAAGUACGUCCCCUUCAGUGGCGAGGGCCGCCGUCUGGGAAGCCCUGUUCCAGGAGACGGAUCAGGCUUUGUUCCUCCUGCUGCUGCUGCAGCCGCAAGUACCGCUGUUGCUUCUGCUUCUGCUACGAGUGGCUCGGCUCAAGCUCCCACAACUGGCGUGGAUGAGUCGCAGCCGACAGUGAUGCUGCGUAUCCAGUUGCCCGACGGUAGCCGCCUCCCGGCUCGAUUCAACACGUCGCAGACGAUUGGCGAUGUCUACGACUUUGUCCAGCGCUCUUCGACGUCUCUUUCAGCCCGACCCUGGGUUCUUUCCACGACCUUCCCCAACAAGGACCACACUGACAAGUCUCUGGUUCUGGGUGACACCCCGGAAUUCAAGAGAGGCGCUGCUGCUGUCGUCAAGUGGGUUUAAGGGAUAUAAUGUGACAUGGGCAUGGUAUUUCCAGGGGUUUUAAUGGGUAAAGGGGUUUUAUUUACGGGCACAUUACAGGCCAACACAGCAAGCAAAUCGAGGCUAGACAGUAAUUAGUUUCGUCUGUAGAUUCCAAAGAAGGAAGCUCCAACAGACGUUCCCUUGUUAACCAUGUUGCAUAACAUAAGUUUUGUUCGAAGUGUCUUCUCCCCUCAAUAUUUUUGAAACGCCUCCGUCGCCGUCGCCGUGACUGCUAUGGGUAUCAUCGACCCCUAACGCAAAUAACUUGCUGUGUAACAAAAUGCAAAUCCCGAAUAAGAAAAUCAUACAGACCAAAGAAAGCCCAGGACAUAAUAUCAAAGGGACGUUGUGUUUCACGGGCGUGCUGCAUGCCCCCAGUCUGGCUUUUGCGCAGCCAUCAGACAAUAUCGUGUGCCAAACCCAAAUCACCCCAAACCCCACCCACGUAGAAGAUGCCCUUUCGCCCAUUUUGCAACCUUGAAUGCCUCUUCUCGAUCCGCUCGAACCCGGCCGUGUUCUUUCCAGGGCCGUGAUACCAUGUCUGGAAUUCUCCCUCCACCACAUUUUCUACCCCUUAAGCGCCCCUCCCCCUCCACGCUCAUCUACGCCACUUCACCCCCCGCCGCCGCCAACCCGCUUAACAUCUGAGAACUCCCGAUGCCCGCCGUCGGCGCAAUCAUGGGGCCAUCCAGGAACCUAAACCACGGCCUCGCCGCCGCCACGUUCAGUUUCGCGCUGUUGAACCUCGCCUCGCCCGGUGGCAUGCACACGAGAAUGUACGUAUUCGUCGUAAAUUUGGUGACAAACAUGCUAAAGUUGGCGCCCAUCUUGUACUCAAAGUCCGAAAACUGCUCGGCGUUUCUCGGCGUGCCCGUAUACUUUGAGCACGUGUGUUUCCACGCCUUCAAAAUGUUGGACAUGCGCUCGAAGCGGUCGCCGUAGGGAUUGGAUUCCCCUUCUGGAGAGGUCCAUUUGGAGACAACCAGGAAGGAGGUGCGUUCGAAGAGGAGGAUCUCAUCGGCAUCGAUUGCUACACCCAGAGAGGCCAGUUGGGUUUCGAUGACGGACAGGUUGGGGACGAGGUCGUGGAUGAUGGAGGCCCAGGCCUUGUACAAAGAUUGGUCCCAGAUGGAGGUGGCGAAGAGUUGCAUUUCCACUUCGAGGUCGGGGAUGGGCGUGGAGAGUUCCGGGGAGGGGAGGGAGCCUGCCAUCAUGGCACCACCGCCGCCGCCGCCGCCGCCGGGGCCGGGUAAUCCUCCUACUCCUACUCCAGAAACUUCGGGCUUCUGCUUCCGUACAAUCGCCACCGCCUCGGCCGUCUUGCGUCUCACCAGCGCAACGCGGCGAUCAAACACAUCUUCGCGCGUCAUCGGCUGGAUCAGGUCCAUCUUGUGAAUCAAGACAAACACCUUGGCCUCGCGGCUGUACUGCACGAGCGCCGAAAUGAUGUUGACGUACGUCGCCAAGUCGCGGUCCACGUCGCGCGACUCAAUGUCAAAGACGUAGAUGAGCACCCCGACGUUGCUGAACACGUGCGCCCGCUGCUGCGAGAGAUAGUUCUCCAUAAAAGCCUCCUGCCCACCGCAGUCCCACAGGUUGAGCGUCAGAUUGCCGAGGAACUUGACGUGCGACAGGUCAAUGUCGAUGGUGGCCCCCAAGCGGCGCGUGUCGCGCGCCAGGUAGUUGCUGAAGAUGAUGCUGCGCAUGGACGACUUGCCGGACCCGGAUUUGCCCAUGAGCAGGACUUUUUGCUUCUUGACUUUUUUGAGCUGGGCGUGUGCGGCGGCUGCGGCUGUCGAGGCGCCCAUGGUGGGCUGGUCGUAGUCGGCCAUGGUGAUUCAGCUCUCGGGGUACUUAUUGUGUUGUUUGGUUGAGGUAGGGGCGGCGGUAGAUGUGUUUGUUUAGGGAUGUGUGGUCACGGCGGCCGAGUGGUGGUGGUGGAAUUCACGUCAUUCACGAUAAUGAGGUGAGAGAGUAUGUAUGAAUAAAAUUAAAUGGAGAGAGAGGUUACAUUAGGUCGUUUUGGUCGAUCAGCUUAUCGGUCAAUCGGUGAGCAGAUGCAGUGUGACGUCCAGUCGUUCGGUCAGCAGGCUGAAAUAGUAAGUACCGAGUUUCAACUGAAGGGAUGGGCCGCUGGAUGCUGAUGAAACGUUGUCCGUUGUUAAAGAGGGAACGGUUCAUGUAACUGCUGAUAAGCAAGUUCUGUUCAGCAGACGAACU